CCACACAUCAUCCAGUACUAGCGUAACUAGCACCCCAUCUGCAUUGAUAAUCUGUCCUAUGACGCGGGCCCUCAUCUUCGGUUCGACAGGCGCAGUCGGCAAAGCUCUUGCACUUGAAUUAGCGCAUCACUCAAAGUACACCGAGAUCAGGGCGGUCGUACGUGGUGACAUCUCCUCACAAGAUUACUACGCCUCCUGUCCCGGCGCUCAAGCUGGCCAAGCUCCUGCUCACUUGCAUGUCAUCAAGCUUGACUUUAGCUCCCAUGAGAAGCUGAGAGAACGAGCAGCGCACUUGCAGGGCUUUGAUGAUAUCUAUGUCAGUCUGGGCACCACACGCGCUACAGCCGGUUCAGCAGAACGUUUCCUGGAGAUUGACCAGGAGCUGCCUGUGCUCCUUGCACGACUUGCAGUCAGCAGCGGCGAUAAGCAGCCGGCCAAGCAGCACAUUCUCUACGUGAGCUCCAAGAAUGCCAAUGCAUCAUCCUACUUCCUGUAUCCAAAAAGCAAAGGCGCUACAGAAGAACGGCUCAAAGCACUAGGCGGGACAAACACACACGUCAGUAUCUUUAGGCCAGGUUUGCUCGAGUUGCAACAAUCAAGGCCAGAGAGCAGGAUGGCAGAGUCCAUCUUUGCACCCAUCAUCACGUCGUUUCGACACAUCGGUGUUCGCUCCAUGAGUGCCGGUGUGGGCGAGGUUGCCAAGGCAAUGCGGAAAGUCGCUGCAGGUGAGGGUCAAGCGGGUUCAACGUUUGAGAAUGCUGCCAUUUUGCAAUUAGCUAGCGAGUAAUGAGUCUGCUAUUGUAGAUGCGUCUAUUCCUCCUCGGCGGGCUUGCGCUUCGACUCCAUCAGUAGAAUGAGCGCAACGAGUUCCAAGCCAAGCAUUGUGAUGAAUCCCCACAUGCCAAUGUACUGGCCCUGUGCUUCUGCAGAGUGCAUGGGGUUCUGGAACUUCCGCUCGGUUAAUGUACGACCAUACAGUUCGAGACGAGACUCCGUGGUGUGGUGGCGUGUGGCACGCACUGAUUGAAGCCUGAGUGCAGGCGAAACGCGCAUAGUGCGAACCGAGCGAGCGAGGACGUUGGCAAUCAUGACUGGAUCUGUGAGCCCUUG